UCUGCUAUCAUUUAUAUGUUGCAGCAUGGUUAGAAAAGGAUUUUUGAAAGUUUGACACAUAUAUAAAUAAAGGAGAUAUAUUAGUGAGUGAUCAUAAUCGGUUACAUAAGCAUGACAUUGGCUUUUAUGAACAGGACCAUUUGUUAAAUUUUGGGACAAACCGGAUAUACACGAUGAACGUGGGAACAACUCAAAUAAUUCUUCGUCUCCCUGACGAGACCAAACAUGGGCCGGAGCGAUUUAGAUGUCCUAGUCCAUUGCUUUGCUCCUCAAACAAUUUAAACAUCGAAUCCACGUACAGAAAACGAGCAUCGUCGUUCAAGAAACCUAAGGAGAAGAAUUUGGACGUGUUCCUUCACGAUAACGGUAUGCGACCCCGAACAUGCAGCAUGCCGUCGAGCAAUUUGCUGAAGAAACCUCGGGCUCAAAUAUUGCGGAGGGAAUUUAUGAAUAUUGAAGCAGACCCCGACACCUAUACCGUUCGAGAAUUCGAAAUGAACUCGAAAGGUGUGAUCAUUCACAGGAGUGAUUCUCUUCGAUCACGAAGCACCAAUAGCAUAGUGUCCUCUGAGGGAGACAUUGGUCCUAUUUCACCCCUUUCACAGAUUUCGCAUACAUCGAGUUCCUUGUCACGAGAAAGUCCGAGGCUUAGCCCUCUGGCAUACGUACACCGAGUGCUUGUGCUUGGAGCGUCCGGAUGCGGCAAAACUGCACUUAAUCAACAGUUUAUGACAUCAGAAUAUUUAGGUGGUUUUAAUACAAGUACUGAUGGUGAGGCGGAGAAGACGGUUAAUGUAUUACUCAAUGGCGAAGAAACGGUGCUGUCCUUUCUCGAAAGAUCAGAUUUAGAUGACUUGGAUGGGAAUAUUGGUGGCACCGUCAUGGCCUAUAUAAUUGUGUAUGCCUGUGAUGACAGACCAUCGUUUGACCGAGCUGUGGACAUUCUAUAUACAUUGAGACAGAAACUGCAACGCGAUGAAAUCAUCAUUUUCGUUGGAAACAAGUCAGACCUAGUGCGAUCUCGUAGUGUAACGAUAGAAGAGGCCAAGGCUGUUGCCAAGACGUACGACUGUAAAUUUAUCGAGACGUCAGUGGUAUUAAAUGUUCACGUCGAUGAACUGCUGGUCGGUGUUGUCAAGCAACUACGUCUUCGCAAUGCGGCUGAGAUCGCAGACGACAAGGUGUCUCCGGGAUGUGCCUCCACCAGCAAAUCAUUGCUCAGCAAAAUUUUCAAAAAGGAUAACAUAUCUAAGUCCUGCGAGAAUCUCUACACGUGACAAAUGCCGUGACCGUGACAUUCCGAAAACAUGUACGUGACGCAACGUGCCACAAACGAACAUUUUAAUGCGCAGAAUGUGCCUGCAAUUGUACAUGUGUUGUGUUCGGGACAUAUACACGUUGCAUGAUGGAUUUCGUCAUUUAAACUGAUACAGUAUUUACUACCAACGUUAUGUUGUGAUUUAAUCACAGUGUGUUAAACAAAGUCGUUAGUACAAUCAAAUGGAAAGUUUGAGUCUAUUUUCGGGGCGCAUUAAAAACACCUUGUUAAUGUAUUAUACGUGUAUUUGCUCAUUGAUAAAAUAUGCUCACAUGAGUUGUUUAGCUAUUGCAAUAUUUUUGGAUGGCUCCCUUAUGUCAGCUUAACCAAAUUUUCAUGAGGUCAAUGUCCGUGGUAUGCCUUAAAGAUGACAUUGUAAGAUGUUUUGUACGUUAGUUUCAUGAGAAAAUAAUCAGCAUUUAUUAGCAUAACAU